UCUCUAAUGUUUUUUAUCCACGACUGUUCAUCGUUCGAUGCCAACGUCGGCAGUUCGAUGUUAUCUACUACACGAAGUAAUAGCCAUGACAAAAAAUUUCCGCUGCUCACACUUCCAUCAAACUGUGGGCUCAGCGUUCUUAUCACCAUGACAACAAUCGCGAAUACCGAUGGACAGCUGAUAAAAAUAUUUUCUUAUUUUAUGGCUCGACUUUACAAUAAUGAAUAGUCAGGGCAGAGAUACUAACACAGUACUAACAAAUCUUUCAAACUAUUUGACUGUUGUAUCGGAUGAACCGUAUAACGAGAGAAAACAGCAGCGUUAUGGGCUGCCCGCUUUACGUCGGUCCGUCCCCAAUACGAUUAGUCCCGGACGUCGUGGCAUUAGACCUUUGCAUAGGACAACUUUAAGCUUGUCGUCAGGAGGACAGGAUAGCAAGUAUACAAGUACUAUGCGAGAUGUAAGUUUUGGUUAAACUUUAUAGUUAUUACAGUAAUGUUUUGAUAUUAAAAGCGUGUUUAUUAGUUUUCGAUGUACCUAUUAAAUAUUAAUUGCGUUAAUUAGAAUAUUUUAUUAUAAACAAUAAAUAUUACACUAAAACUUAGAUUGUGUAAAACCCGUUUUAUACUGGGCAAAUUUGUUCAUGUGAAGCGAAUUUUCCUUUGUCAGCUGCUUUGCUUUUGCUGGCAUAAUGAACAAUGCUGACAAAGAAAAAGGUCACUUUGCGCGAGCAAAUUCGCCUGGUGGAAAAUGGGCUUAACUAACCAUAUCAAUCUGGUGAACUUAGAUAUAGUACACAUGUAGUAAGUCUAAUUCUUUUCCUGAUAUUCUAGAGUUUCAAUGGGAAACCUGAUCUACGUCCUGUGAAGCAAUUCAAGAAAUGUCCCUCGUUGCACACUUCACAAUUUGAUGUUGGCAUCAAUUCUCAGUUGCACACAAACACAACCAACAACGACUGCUUUAAAACUCACACUAGACAGGCAAUGGCUGCUCAUGUUGACCGAGCCAGAUGGAUGAAUCAAAUGGCGGGAGGCGACAUGGUUAAUUGUACAAGACAUGACUGUUCUAAUAAUGUAGGUUUAUAUUGGGUCCAUCCACAGUACACUCCCCCCACAGAGGAAAUUUCAGCCAUCUGGAGGGGGAGGGGAGUGUCUGGAGGGGGAGGGGAGUGUUGGGAGGGGGAGGGGAGUAUCUGGAGGGGGAGGGAAAAAAAUUUGAUUCUCAUAAUAGUAAGUGUAUCAGGACAUCUGAAGAGGGUAGAGGGCUUAACUUUCAAUUUCAUUUAUGCGGAGGUAAGGAUGUUUUCUGGAAUGACCCAUUUUCAAAUAUUACUAAAUAUUUUCGAGUUUCAUCAGGCCAUAGAAUGAGGUGAUCAGGCAUUACCAGCAUGAGAUGCUCACUGGAACCCACUAUAUAAAAUAAGGUUUUCUUAGUCUUUUUGUACUGUAAUUUUAGAUUGAUUUUUUAACAACCUAUUCCCAAGAUCAUCAUAAGAUGGAACAAACUCCUUCCAAACCUGACAAAUUUAAUGGCAGAUGGAGGACGAGCAUUUAUAAAGUUUGCAAUGGUAUGUACCAAUAUACUACUGCAGCAUGUUUUUAUUAAAGAUGUACUAACUUCUAUUCUUAAAUUCCAGGAAAUCUCGAAGUCAACGAUGCAAGAAAAUUUAGUUCAUUAUCUGGGAAUAAAAUUUUGCACGAGACUCGCAAGAAAUCUGCACAGAAAAGUAUUUUGAGUCAUCAAGUCACGUAGCUCAGGACUCAACACUAAAUUUCUCAGAGAUGCACGUGAAGAUUUUGAAGACAUAAUCUAAUAAUUUUUGUAAAUAUUUUUAAUAAAGUUUUUAAAUUUUAA